UAGAAGCGGACGUGUGGGAAAAUUCAGUCUCGGUUGAAAAGAAAACAAAAAAAAAAGUAAAUAUUGCAAUUUUUAUAUUAUAAAAAUUGAAUUUUGAAAAAAAGUGAAUUUUAAAAUUUAAAAAUUAAUUCGAAUUUAAUAAAGAAUAAAAAAAAUAUAGCAGUUUAUAUUUAAUACUGCAUUAAUGAAGGUGAAUUUUAGGUAGUGAGUGACUCACUAAAAUCUUAUUAUUUUCCUCAUUUUCUUGCUUGUUUUUCUAAAUUUGUGUUAAAAAAAAUAAGAAGAAAAAAAAAUAAGUAAAUAAAAAAAAAUAAAGUUGGCGAAUUUUUCAAAUAAUGUGAAUAAAAUUUUCAAUAUUUUGUUGUUUCUUUAAUGAAAAGUGUUAAAAUUCUGUAAAGCUAAUCUAGGUAUACCUACCUAUAAAUUCUUUGUAAAGAAUAGAAAAUAAAAAAAAAAAAGAGUUAAAUUACUAAAUUCAGAUUUUGAAUAAAAAUUUUAAUCUUGUUUUUUUUACUUUAUUUACGCCUACAUACAAAAUUUUUCAAUAAGGAAAAACAAGUUUGUUUUUUUGUAUUCUUGUUUUUAUUUUGCUUCAAAUUAUAUCUAAACAGGAAUUGAAUGCAAAUAUUUGUUAAUAACAAUGACAAGAUUAACAGAAGAAAUGGUUAUAGCAAGAUCUAGGGGCGGUGGUUCAGACUUAGCUUCCAUAAAAAAAUUAAAUUGCUGGGGAAGCGAAUUAAGUGACGUAUCGAUAAUAAAAAGAAUGCGAGGUGUUGAAGUGCUGGCAUUAAGUGUUAAUAAAAUAUCGUCUUUGGCACCGUUCGAAGACUGCCUUAAUCUUCAAGAAUUAUAUUUGAGAAAAAAUUCAAUCUCAGAUAUUAAUGAAAUUGCCUAUUUACAAAAUCUUCCAAAUUUAAAAUAUUUAUGGUUAGAAGAAAAUCCAUGUUGUGAUGUUUUAGGUUCAAAUUAUCGUUCAAUUGUGUUACGAGCAUUGCCAAAUCUUAAAAAAUUAGACAAUGUAGAUGUAACACCGGAAGAAAUCGAAGAAGCAAUGAGAAUGACAGUACAGCGAGAUGAAGAAGUUUAUGAAGAUGCACGUGAAGUACAACAACAGCAACAACAACAGCAACCACAACCACAACCGCAACAACAGCAACAAAGAAGAAGUCAAAGUCCCAGUAAAGAACAAUAUCCUUCCAGUAGCCCAUCAGAAAAUAUUGAAGAAAUUUUCACUGAAAAUAUUAUUCAAUCUGCGGCAUCGUCUUCACCACCACCACCAUCACAACCACAACCACAAGUACAGAGAUCACCACCAAGUCAGGAUUAUUCACCACAGGAAUCAAUACAUCCACCAUCACCGAAGUACAAUAAUAAUAAUAAUAUUAAUAAUAAUAAUAACAAUAACAGGGAUAAUAGAAUGUCUUAUCAUCAAUAUGAUAGAUCACCUGGAUCUGAAGAAAGUAGUCCUUAUAGUGGAGAUCGAGGUAGUGGUGGAGGUGGCGGCGGCGGUUAUAAAGAUCGUGGCCCCAUUCCACCUAGUAUGUCUACACAUUCAAUGAAGGAAUAUUAUCAAUCGGAUUAUCAAAAACCACAGCAACCAUCACAUUAUCGUCAUAGUCAAACGGAUCUUACAGAAUGGGAUGAACAUCAGCAUCAGACACAAAAUGGUAGAGGUGAUAUGCCUGGUAGAAGGGUUGGAGAAAGAGAUGAAAGAGGACAUGGUCGAUAUAGUGAUACUGCAAGUGUUGUUUCAAAUGCUGUCUUAAAUCAUUAUGCCGGUUAUCAUAGAAGACCAGUGAAUAGGAGUUCAAAUCUGCUAUCUGCAACAUUAUGUCUGGUUAAAGAAUUAUUAUCCUAGCCUUGAAGUUGUUGAACAUGCUGUACGUUGCCGAAUCGAUGAAUUAUCAGCUGACUGAUGAAAUCGACGUUUGCCAUCUUAUUGAAGAAAGAAGUUGGCAAAAUAAUUUUUUUUUUGUAGAACUAUGUCGUUGUAAUAUUAUUAAUGCAAUUAUUUAAAAAAAAACAAACAGAAACAAAUUAAUAUUAUUGUAAUAUUUAAAAACUUAAUAUUUUUGUUAAAUUUUUUAACAUUUUCUUUUUGUAACAAUUUUUUGUUUUUAAAUUUUGCGUUUAUUUAAAAAAAAAAUUAAAAUGUUUGUUAUACUAGUAGUUUUUUUCUUCACUUUAUUACUAAUUUUAUU